AUGAGAAAGCUGCUUACCCAAGUCUCCUCUUUGAGCACCGAUCUCCCAGAGGGCAUCUACGUCAGCCACGGAGAGAGUCGCGUGGAUGUGUUAAAGGUCUUGAUCAUCGGCCCGGUCGACACUCCUUACGAGAACGGCCUCUUCGAGUUUGACAUAUUUUGCGACGGCGAUUUCCCCAAGGUGCCUCCCAAGGUGCAUUUUCGGACUACCGGUCACGGAUGGGCUGCUUUCAAUCCGAACCUGUAUCCGAAUGGCAAGGUUUGCCUAUCGUUGCUGGGGACGUGGAACGGCCAACCGUGGGAGCCGAAUCGCUCGACUCUUCUGCAGCUUUUGGUAUCCAUUCAAGCAAUGAUCUUUGUUGCGGAGCCGUACUACAAUGAGCCAGGCUUCGAAUACCGACUCGAUGAGGCCAAUUCCCAGCGCUACAACACUGGUGUCCACCAGCUGACCAUCCAAUACGCCAUG